AUGGUGAGUUACAAGCUUUGUUAUGGGCCCAUUAAUCCGGGGUUUGGAACGAAACGCCCUAGCUGGGUCCAUCUGUUCUGGGGUGCAUGUUUCUGGGCCUAUCCGGUCUACGUGGUUGCAAAUCUGCAUCGUCUCGAAGUGGUCAGAUACGACGUCUAUGGCAAUCUGAUUCAAAACAGAGUAAACAUUUUCUUCGUUUCUGAGGUACUGCGCAGUCACAGUGACAGCGUAUCCGUGCUUUCCCCCCACUCUCACUUUUCCGUUCAGCCGGGGCGCUGUGUUAACGCUGUCGGUAUCAGAGCGGGUUUUUCAGAUACAACACGGCGUAGCUUCAGCGCCCGGCCAUUUAAGCUGUUUUGUGGCCGACGGUUUGGCAAGAGUUCCAGUCAGUGUCUUGCUUUGCAGUCACUGAAGCAGCCAUAA